AUGGUGGUCGCCUUGAAGAGAGAAAAUUUGAUGCUGAUCGCUGGAAUUUCACCUCCGGUCUUCCUAAGGUGGAAUCAAAUCGCAAGCAUCAGCCUGAUACUUUUGAGAACUAUGUUAUUGACCUGGAAGUUCCACCAGCUUAAAAUAACAUGCACGACGGCAAAAUCUCUCAAAGCUAAAUUAUUUGGUACUUUCAUGGUCCGUUGCUUUGUAAGGUAUGUGAAAUUUUCAACCCCUAUAUCUUAUUUUCGAACUUCUUUAUUAACACCAAUUUACCUGGUUCUAGAAAUAUUUUACCUCAGUACUGCUCAAAUCUCGAAGAUAAUGAGUAAGGAAAGAUAUUUACCCACAAUUUGA